AUGGCUGAGUACUUGAGGCUGCCCCACUCGCUGGCGUUGAUCCGCCUCCGAAACCCGCCGGUCAACGCGCUCAGCUCGGCUGUACUCAGUGGAAUCAGAGAGGGACUAGAGAACUCUUUAUCAGACCCUACAAUCAAAGCCAUCGUGAUAUCUGGAGCAGAUGACAAAUUCUGUGCAGGUGUCGCUAUCAAUAGCAGGUCGCCCCCUGGCAUUCCUCUGGGAGUUGUAGUGGAUGAGAUACAACGGUAUGAGAAGCCUGUCAUGGCAGCCAUCCAAGGCGUGGCCUUAGGAGGGGGACUGGAGCUGGCUCUGGGCUGUCACUACCGCAUCGCCCAUGCAGAGGCUCUUGUUGGCUUUCCGGAAGUCACACUGGGAGUACUUCCUGGAGGAAGAGGGACCCAGCUUCUCCCCAGACUCAUUGGAAUUCCUGCAUCUCUGGACUUAAUGACCUCAGGAAGACCUGUUGGGGCCGAUGAAGCCCUCAAGCUUGGCAUUCUGGAUGUGGUUAUCAAUUCAGAUCCAGUUGAAGAAGCAGUCAAGUUUUCACAGGAAAUUUUAGAUAAACCCCUAGAGCCCCGCCGGCUCUUGAACAAGUCAGUUCCGAGCUUGCCCAACAUGGACAGCAUUUUCAGUGAAGCCUUUGCCAAGGUGCGAAAGCAGUACCCAGGCUUCCUCGCUCCAGAGACCUCUAUCCAAGCUCUUCAGGCCGCUGUGAAUCUUCCCUAUAAACUGGGCAUCAAGGAGGAGGAGAAGCUGGCUUUGUACCUUCAGAAAUCAGGGCAGGCCAGAGCCCUGCAGUAUGUUUUCUUUGCUGAGAGCAGUGUGCAUAAGCAGUCACCUCCCUCUGUGGCAUCUUGGCAAACGGCGUCACCACAACCCAUCUCCUCAGUUGGUGUUCUUGGCUUGGGCACCAUGGGCCGAGGCAUUGCCGUGUGUUUUGCAAAGGCUGGGAUCCCGGUGGUUGCUGUAGAGUCAGACCCAAAGCAGCUGGAAGUUGCUGAGGAAGUAAUAACAUCCAUGUUGGAAAGGGAGGCCUCCAAAAUGCAGCAGAGUGGGCGAGCGUGGACAAAACCAACACUCACGUUCUCCUCGUCAAUGGAGGAGCUGUCCAGCGUGGACUUAGUGGUGGAAGCAGUGUUUGAGGACAUGAACCUGAAGAAGCAGGUCUUUGCUGACCUGUCAUCUGUGUGCAGACCGGAAGCUCUUCUGUGCACCAACACGUCAGCCCUAGACGUGGAUGCGAUCGCUGCUGCCACUGAUCGUCCUCACUUGGUCAUUGGCACCCACUUCUUCUCACCAGCUCAUGUCAUGAAGUUGUUGGAGGUCAUUCCCAGCCGCCACUCUUCCCCCACGACCAUUGCCACCAUCAUGGACUUAUCCAAAAAGAUUCAGAAGAUCGCAGUAGUUGUAGGCAACUGUUAUGGAUUUGUUGGCAAUCGAAUGCUGGCGCCUUAUUACGACCAGGCACAUUUCUUAUUAGAGGAAGGCAGCAAGCCAGAGGACAUAGAUGGGGUGCUGGAAGAGUUUGGCUUUAAAAUGGGACCCUUUAGAACAUCUGACCUUGCAGGUUUGGAUGUGGGUUGGAAAGGUCGCCAGGGUCAGGGCCUUACUGGCCCUGCAUUGCCACCAGGAACUCCUGCCCGAAAGCGGGGCAAUGUGAGGUACUGCCCGCUUGCGGAUAUGCUCUGUGAAUCAGGGCGAUUUGGCCAGAAGACAGGUAAGGGUUGGUAUCGGUAUGACAAGCCGUUGGGUAGGGUUCACAGACCUGACCCCUGGCUUUCCGAGUUCCUGUCGCAGUACAGAGAAACCCACCAUCUUGAGCCCCGUUCCAUCAGCCAGGAGGAGAUCCUCGAGCGCUGCCUGUAUUCCCUUAUCAACGAGGGAUUUCGUAUCCUGGGAGAAGGGAUGGCGGCCAGCCCAGAGCAAAUCGAUAUCAUCUACUUGUCUGGCUAUGGGUGGCCGAGGUACAGGGGCGGGCCCAUGUUCUAUGCCGCCACGGUUGGCUUGCCUGUGGUUCUGGAGAAGCUGCAGAAGUAUUACACACAGAACCCUGAUGUCCCUCAACUGGAGCCCAGUGACUACCUGAAGAAGCUGGCUGCGCACGGAAACCCGCCUCUGAAGGAUUGGCAGAGCUUGGCAGGGCCGCCUGGCAGUAAACUGUGAUUCGGAUUUCUACAUUUUGUCUCCUGUGCUGGGGUCUGGUAAAACCCACUGAUGUAAUCCAAAAGUCCAAAGUGAGAUUGCUC